ACUUCCGGUUUGUAGAGGGCGGUAAAAUCAUUCUGGAUUGCCCAUAUCGAGUUUUGCUGGUCGGGCUGUGGUGAGGGCCUAGCCAUUCACACCAAGCAAUCCACGAAUCAGCUGAUCUCCAGUUAAAUCAUUACCAAAACUAAUGCCGUGUAAUUUUUAAUGAAAUGAACCGAGAUAAUUCGCGGAGUGAAAAACGCGUGCACCCGGGGGACAUCGAGGAUGAAGAUAAUUUGAACGUUAAAAUUAAAAAGGAGAACGACGAUGAGGUCGAGGAUCCCUGCAUUUCCGGAAUUUUCGACAGCAUUGAGUUUAAGGAUCACCUCGUGGAUGAAUUGCCCUUCGAGCAGUUGGCGGCGACUGGAUCCUCUGAUAUAAAAAUGCUUGUGAGACUUGUCAGUACCAUCGCCACAGAGAUGAAGAGAUUAUCUGAAGAAGUUCGAGAGGUAAAGAAUAUUUUGGAGGACAGGCUUACCUGUCGCACACCAGUCACACCAGGUUUAAGUUUUUGGAAUAAAUACAGACUUGAACUACCUCUGAAGACUCUUGAAGAUUUCGAUGCUUUCGAUGAGAGACUCCGGACUGAUGCUGAAUUUCUGAGUGAUUUCGGACACUCUCUGGUGGUCUGCUUCGAUCGUGAUGACAGAUUAUCGAGAACUAUAACGAAUGUUCUACGUCGACACCUCAGUCGAGAGCUGGCCAUGAAAUUCACAGCAACUAAAUUAUCCCCUGCAAAAUUAGUAUUCAAAGAGACAAAAUUCUGUGCUUGUAUGUUCGACAUUCUUGUGCAGUUGUAUAAUAAAGACGUUAGAAGAAUUCCCAUCACCGAGAAGAGAUUCUACACGACUUUGAGUGGAAUAUUUCCAAAUGCCAAGGACUGGGACGGGUACAGGUCUGUCAGGAAAAAACCUCGGACUGCAGGUCUCAGAGAUGACAGGGACGAGUCCGAGAACGAGGGCGAUUGAACAUUUUUUCUACU